CUGCUCAGUUCUAAAGCAGCAAGAAGCUUAGAAAUGACUUCUUUUACAGUCUUGUGUGUUUUUCUCUGUAUUUUCUUUGUUCAGUUUCAUCACACUUUGCAAGCAACACCACCCAUUUUAUUCAGUUUUGGAGGUACGGGCGCAGAUACAGGUGGAUAUGUCCCUGCCUCUGGUGUCUAUAUCGGUAUGCCCCAUGGUAGUACAUUCUUCCGCAAGGGCACCGGUCGGUUUGGUGAUGGACGCCUAAUUAUCGACUUCCUUUGUGAAAGUUUGAAGGUCAAGUACUUGAGCCCAUUUUUGGAGUCAUUGGCACCAGAUUUUCAAAGUGGUGCAAAUUUCGCCAUCACGGGUUCAAAAACCACCAUGGAUAUAUGGGCACCCUUUUCACUAGACGUACAAGUUAAACAGUUCUUUCAUUUUCAACUCCGUUCACUCCAACUCCUCUCAGAAGGUCACAAAGAUAUGACCACUGAAACUGGAUUCAGCAAUGCGCUUUACAUGAUUGACAUCGGACAAAACGAUCUUUUAGAUGCCUUAUAUCUAUCAAACUUAACUGCACCUCCAGUACUCCAAAAGAUUCCAGCAAUGCUUGCAGAAAUCAAAUUAGCCGUUCAGAAUCUUUAUAAAACUGGUGCCAAGAAGUUUUGGAUACACAACACCGGGCCACUAGGUUGUGUCCCGAGAGAGCUUGCUCGUCACCCUCAUAACAACACGGAUCUUGAUGCAAUUGGAUGUUAUAAGGUUCACAAUGAUGUGUCCGUAGCUUUUAAUAAAGGAUUAAAGGCUCUUUGUGAAGAACUGAGAUCAACAUUUACAGAUGCAGCCAUUGUCUAUGUUGAUAUAUAUAGAAUCAAAUUCGACCUUUUUGCCAGAUACAAAAGAUAUGGUUUUAUCAAACCACAUAAGGCUUGUUGUGGGUAUGGGGGUGAACCAAACAAUUACAACAAGAAGGCAACAUGUGGCCAACCUGGCUACACAAUCUGCAACGAUGUAACACAAGCUAUAAGUUGGGAUGGAUUUCACUACACCGAGGCGGCUAACCGUAUAGUUGCCUCACAAAUCCUUUCUAAAAAAUUUUCCACGCCACCUAUAACCUUGGCUUCAUUUUGGAGUUCUUGAUUCUCUUUUAUUUUAUCAACAAAAAAACGAUGAACGGGUCAUGUGAGAUUGAUAAUUUCAGGUCUAUUAAAUAUGGAUUGGGGUUUAAACAUGCAUAUCAAGGAAAAAUAUGUAGUGGCAUCAGCUUCACAUUUAGUCUUUUCAAACCUAAUUCAAACUUUCUUUGUUUAAGUGUGUAAAACGAUGUUUCUCCAAAAGUUGUAAUCGUUAAAAUUUCAUAAAUGAGCAUUAUGAGUGGUUCACAACA